GACACUGGUCAUGCAUAUAUAUGCUAUGGACCUGGCCCCUUCCUCACGAUCACUUGCGUAUAGCAGAAAAGACAUCACACGCUUACUUUCCACUCUGUGAUUGCCUUCAGCAUGAACCACAUCGGCAUGGAUAAUCUCAAACACCUGCGUUCCUCAGGAGCAUACGCCGACCUCACCCUGGUGUGCGGCUCGCAGAAAUGGCCAGUCCAUCGAUGCAUUCUCUUUGCAGCAAGCAGUCAAUUCAAAGCAAGUUAUGGCUGCCAGCCCUUUGAGGAAGGCAUUAUCAGACUUCAGAGCAACGAAAACGAAACGUCCUGGGUUGAAAACGAAUAUUUUGACCCUACCGAUCCGGAACUCCUGUCGUUGAUGCUGGACUUCAUUUACCUGGGCGACUAUAACGAAGCUCCUGGUUCAGUGGAUCAGGACCCGCACGCGUUCAUUGGAGAGAUUAGCGACUCGCAGACCCUGAACUUGCAGAUAUUGGUCGACUCAGACGACAACGCAGAGGAAGCAAAAUUCUAUUCCCCCCCAACGAGCCCUGUUUCAUCUAUAUCAACCGUUCUCGAUUCGAUGACACUCAGAUCGGCGGAGAACUCUUCAGUAACUCCAAAGACCGCACUCGAACGACGAAACGAACUCGCCCUCCAUAUCAAGAUGUGGAGGAUGGGAACGGAUCACCAAAUCCAGUCUCUUCAAAACUUAGCCCUCAGCAAAUUUAAAUCUGCUACCGAAAGCCGCACCUACAACAAGAAAGAGUUCGCAGACUCUCUGCUCCUCGCAUGGAGAAUCAAGGUCUUCGGCGAAUCGGCGCAGACAAGCCUGGGAGCCGCCAUCCUUGACGUUUUGGAGCGCGAUAUUGACUCGCUGAUCGAUAGCGGUCCCGUCAAGAAAGCUGUGAAGCGAAUCCCGGGUCUGGGAGCGGCAAUUAUCGCCAAAUUGGCAAGACGACAACCCCUCAACAGAAUACUCGCGGUUCGGAAUCAUGAAGGGAACGAUCGUUUGGUUGCGUAUAAGCAUCGAUGAUGCUUUCCCUGCCAUGCCCUUUGUUUUAUUGUUCAAUUUUCGUGGAUUUUGUAAAGAUAGAAUCAUGUAUUUGCAUAGGCAGGCUCGGCUCACAAUUUUACCUCGCCAAUAUAGACAAAGAAAUGCGCAUUUAUAGGCAC